AUGGUCACCCAAGAAUUCUGCGGCGAGAUAGGUCUCACCAGUCAAGCUCGGCAACCUCAAAUAAUCUUGCUGAAAGAAGGAACCGAGAAUCAUCAGGGCAAACCUCAGUUGAUAUCUAAUAUCAAUGCCUGCGAAGCCAUCGUUGAUGCCAUCCGAACCACUUUGGGCCCGCGUGGGAUGGACAAGUUGAUCGUAAGUGGCCAAGGCAAAACCGUCAUUUCCAACGAUGGGGCAACGAUAAUGAAACAACUUGACGUAGUUCAUCCUGCUGCUCAAACUAUGGUGGACAUAGCGAAGUCACAAGAUGCAGAGGUUGGAGAUGGAACCACGACGGUAGUUCUUCUUGCUGGAGAGUUACUGAAAAGUAGCAAGCCAUUCAUCGAAGAAGGGGUUCACCCGCAAGUGAUCAUAAGGGCUUACCGUCGUGCAACACAGCUAGCUGUAGAGAAGAUAAAGGAGCUGGCUGUCAAAAUCCAACAUGACGAUAAGAUUAAGGAACGAGAACUGCUGGUCAAGUGUGCUGCAACAGCUUUGAAUUCGAAACUUGUUGCUGGCCAGAAAGCAUUUUUCGCCGAAAUGGUGGUUGAUGCCGUUUCGCAUCUCGAUGAACUGUUGCCUCUGAACAUGAUCGGUGUCAAAAAGGUUCAGGGAGGUGCAUUGGAGGAUUCAAUGCUGAUCCCUGGAGUUGCGUUCAAGAAAACCUUUUCGUACGCUGGAUUUGAAAUGCAGCCCAAAAGCUACAAGAGUCCGAAAAUAGCAUUGCUGAAUAUUGAGCUGGAAUUGAGGGCGGAGAAGGAUAACGCAGAAAUUCGAGUUGACAACGUCAGUGAAUAUCAGAAAAUUGUCAACGCCGAAUGGGAAAUCUUGUAUGAAAAGCUUGAACGUAUCCACAAGAGUGGUGCAAAGGUUGUGUUGUCCCGGCUUCCUAUAGGAGAUGUCGCUACUCAGUACUUUGCUGACCGUGACAUGUUCUGUGCCGGACGUGUUCCAGAAGAUGACUUGAAGCGUACCAUGAAAGCAUGUGGGGGAGCAAUUCUAUCCACCGUGUAUGAUUUGAAUGACGCAAAUCUUGGCACGUGUGAUGAAUUCAUCGAGAAACAAGUUGGCGGUGAACGGUACAAUCUGUUCCACGGCUGUCCCGGCGCCAAAACUUGCACUAUCAUUCUUCGCGGUGGAGCUGAACAAUUUAUUGAAGAAACUGAGAGAUCUCUUCAUGAUGCCAUCAUGAUAGUUCGUAGAGCGAUUAAGAACGACUCAAUUGUUGCUGGGGGUGGGGCUAUUGAAAUGGAAAUCAGCAAGUAUCUGCGUGAUCAUUCGAGAACAAUUCUUGGCAAGGAACAAAUGCUCAUUUCCGCUUUUGCUCGAGCACUAGAAAUCAUUCCUCGACAGCUGUGCGACAACGCCGGGUUCGACUCGACUGAUAUAUUGAACAAACUGCGCCAGAGGCAUGCUAAAGGAAAUUCCUGGUAUGGAGUUGACAUGUUCUCGGAAGACGUUGCGGAUAAUUUCGAAGCGUGCGUGUGGGAACCGGCAAUUGUCAAGAUCAACGCGAUCACAGCCGCGUCUGAGGCGACCUGUUUGAUCCUCUCCGUCGAUGAAACCAUCAAGAAUCCUAAGUCCAACAUUGACAAAAACGCCCUCCCCGGGCUAUUAAACAAAAUGUUCGUUAUUCAUCGCGGUCUUAAUUCUGUUCCGAUUACUCUUGCUCCGCGAAAGGCGAUCCGUCAGGCGAUUUCUUGCAAUCGAUACUUCGGAACAUGUGUCUGCCUUGAAUCUCGGAAAACAAUUAAGCACCACGGCGAUGGAAAAAAAGGGUAUAAGAAGCAGAUUUUGGAGAAAAAACCACAGCCGACCUCGUUGUCCGCAUUAUUUACUCCUGUGCCUGUUACCGUAUCACCGGAUGACAUCAACGUUGGCGCGGAAUUGACAGAUCGAUUGAAGAAGCAAGAUCUCAUGCGCAUUUUAACUACAUUUUCUCAGCGAGAACCAGUGAGAACGCUUUCUCGGGAACAGGGGCUCGAUGGAUCAUUGUUUCAUCAAGCGUAUGUGAGCUUCCGCCGCUUCUGUCUGGACUCCGAAACGCUUCCCGCGGACUUGCACAUAAUUUUCAGCGACAUACUGCAGGGUGCCGGGCAUUGUGAUGAUAUUUACCCAUACUUUAUCCGUCACGCGCGGCGGGUCUUUCCUCAUCUCGAGUGCAUGGAUGAUCUGAAAAAAAUUAGCGAUCUUCGAUCUCCAGCCAAUUGGUAUCCAGAGGCGAGAUCAAUUGGUAGGAAAAUAAUUUUUCACGCUGGACCCACGAACAGCGGUAAAACAUUUCAUGCUUUGGAAAGAUUCAUGCAGGCCAAGUCCGGCGUUUACUGUGGGCCGUUGAAGUUGCUUGCGGUAGAAGGUUUCAGAAAAGCGAACGAACGAAAAAUGAGGAAUUUCCUGGGAACAGAUGAAGUGGCUGUUAUCGAUGAAAUUCAAAUGAUACGUGAUAGACAGCGAGGUUGGGCGUGGACUCGUGCCUUGUUGGGGAUCAAUGCAGAGGAGGUUCACGUUUGCGGAGAAGCUACGGCAAUUGACCUUGUCCGGGAUAUUUGUGCUACCGCCGGAGAAGAAGUUGAGGUGAGAAAAUAUAAGCGUUUGACGGAGUUGGUUAUCGAAAAGGAAGCCUUGCGGAACAUUGACCGAGUUCAGCCCGGAGAUGCGAUCGUUUGUUUUUCAAAGAAUGACAUUUACGCCGUCUCGAGACAAAUCGAACGUCUUGGCAGAGAAGUUGGUGUGAUUUAUGGUGGUCUUCCGCCUGGAACAAAGUUGGCUCAAGCUGCAAAGUUCAAUGACCCGAAUGAUCCGUGUAAGAUCCUUGUGGCCACGGAUGCUAUCGGGAUGGGGUUGAACUUGAGCAUACGCCGUGUAAUAUUUUAUUCACUGGUAAAACCCACGUUAAAUGAAAAUGGAGAAAAAGAGAUGGACGUGAUAUCUGUAUCCCAGGCGCUACAAAUCGCCGGUAGGGCGGGUCGAUUUGGCACUCAAUUUGAGAAGGGUCAUGUUACAUCUUUCAAAUCGGAAGAUUUGAGUACUCUGCAUGAAUUGCUUGCAUCUCCACCCGAGGAAAUCGUUCAAGCCGGUUUGCAUCCUACGGCAGAACAAAUCGAGCUGUACGCGUAUCACUUACCGCAUGCGUCUUUAUCAAACUUGAUGGACAUAUUUGUCAGCCUUUCGACUGUCGACGAUUCGCUUUACUUCAUAUGCAAUAUUGAAGACUUCAAAUUUCUCGCUGAUAUGAUACAACAUGUUCCUCUGCCAUUGAGAGCGCGGUAUGUGUUCUGCUGCGCACCGAUCAACAAGAAAAUGGCCUUUGUUUGCACCAUGUUUUUGAAGCUUGCCCGUCAGUACAGUCGCAAUGAAGCUGUGACUCUCGAUUGGCUCUGUCACCAUAUUGGCUGGCCGCUGCAGACCCCCAAAACCAUAAUAGAUUUAGUUCAUAUGGAGUCUGUCUUCGAUGUUCUGGAUUUGUAUUUGUGGCUCAGUUACCGAUUCCAGGAUUUAUUUCCUGACGUCGAACUGGUGCGAGAUAUGCAGAAAGAACUUGACCUGGUGAUACAGGCCGGUGUGUUGUCGCUGACAAAACUGUUGAAGAAUUCUGAGACGAAAGUAUCGUCGAGAACCGGGAUGUUGUCAGCCAUGGACGAGUCCCUCAGCAUCCGGCCAAAAUUCCGCAUUGAGAGUGAUGACGAUUUGGAUGAGUCGAACAUCACGCGGGCUGGUCAAGGACAUCAAGGGAAAAAGAAACUCUCCCAUCAAAGAGGAAGUCGCAGUGCUGCUGGAAACGACCAAGAGAAAGUGUUCGGAGGUGGGAAACUGACAGAAAAACUAAUUCAAGAAGGAUUGCUCACGAAAGAAAUGUUGGAAGAAAUGCAGCAAGAAUGGCGCGAGUCACAAAAACGCGAAAAUCCCAAGGACCUGAAAGCAGCUAUUCUGAAUGGCUACGAUGCUGGAGCUCGUCCGGGUGAUCCAAGUUCACCAAUUAAGGUGGAAGUUGCCCUAUCGCCGAAUACUAUUCGAAUCGAAGAAUGGCAUUCUGCAGUUCACACAGAUGCAUUUUUGCUUCUGACCUGGCAAGAUGAAAGACUAGUGUGGGAUUCUGACCAAUACUCGGGUGUGUCUUCAUUGCGUUUGCAUCCUUCGAGUGUUUGGAUUCCUGACGUCGUAUUGCAGAAUGAGAUCCCGACAUUUUCAACUGCCAUUCAAGCAAUGGAGAAGCUCGUCCUUGUGUACAAAAAUGGAACUGUGCUUUGGGUUCCGUCCGUUUCAUUGAAAGCGGCUUGUGGAUUGGACGUCAGGCACUUUCCGCGAGAUAUACAACGCUGCAAGCUAAUGUUUGGCUCGUGGACUUACGACAACUCCGAAAUCGAACUGGUUCUUCCGGAAGAGGCCAUUCGAAGAAACUUCGCUUUUGAAUCGCCGUCGCCUUGGUACUUGAAAGCGUCAUACGCGGAAAAGAAAGAAAAUGUUUACCCUGGAAUCGAGGGCGUAUAUCCGAGCAUCAACUUUAUAUUCUAUCUCCAUCGACACGUUGGGUCCUACUGCAUCACACUUUACACGCCCAUUCUCGUCCAGUUCGUCGGAGGCUUGAUUAUGCUGGAAGUCGCAGUUCUGCCAUUGAAAGUUCUGCUGGGAAAAUACCUGCUUAGCCAAGAAGCUGAGUCUGCGAAGGAAACCAACAGGGCUCUUCCUCGUUUCGCAAAAGCUAUCGAUGGAGAAGAUGAUGCGUUCCUGCUCGCCUCCGAAAUGAACCAGAAGAACAACGAAGAUUGGGUCAAACUGGGCUGCGUUUUGAGUUUCUUGAUCGGCGUUGUGUAUUUCAUGGGACUUGGUCUUCUGACUUGGAUUUUCAUGUGGGUUGUUUGAGUAAAAUUUUCACAUUUAAAAACGAUUUUUCUUCGGAAAAAAUAGCGCUUAGUCAAGCGGUUUUUCUUUGUUGGGUUCCCAUCGAACUGGUUUAGGAAAAUUCAUUAUGAAGGAGAUUCUUUCUUGCACUGAUGGUAGCUCUUGUGAAUGUGUGCUUCGAGCUUGUAAAUGAGAUGUAGAAUCGUAGCUUCGCUGUGAAAUAAGAGCUUUUAUUAUAUACUUUUUUUGUCGAGACGCUGGGACUUGGUUAGCUUCGUUAUUUAUGUGAUUUUUUCUUCAGUACUGUACUGUAGUUUGAUUCUAUGUCGAACUUCGUGACGCACAUCAAGACGGAUCGAACAGUGAGACCACUGUGACAAAUUUUUGAAUGCAAAGCCAUUUUUUAGUUGUUUCUCCUGUGUGCAUCAAAAUGUACUGGUCUUCGAUGUAGCCCUGGAUACAAUCAGCUUGCUUUUCUCCUUUUAGGCGAUGUUUUCCGAGCAGCCGCAAGUGUACGGAAUGAAAUCUAAUGCGUUUUGUAUCUAUGCGUUUCACGAAGCGUAGAUGUUGUCUAGCGAGCAUUAUGUUAGCUCGCUCACAAGUGGGUUUUGGGAAUAAAUGUAAAUUGAAACCGA